AUGGCAUUUCUUGCCAAUCAUUUAUCUUUCUUCCUCCUAAUUACUCUCUUAUCUUCAUUGCAAAUCCAUGCAAGAGACAACAAAUUCUUCAACAAAAUUUCCACCACCAACAAUGGUCGUGAAAAAGAGACAAAGGAAGGAACUCCAAACAAAGAGCAAGAACCAAAUUUCAUACCUGAAAAUGAAAAUGGCUAUGGUGUUUAUGAUCAUGAAUCAGGUCAGCUUUCACCUUCUACUACUAACCCCACAAAUAACAUUCCUAAUAGCAAGUACCUUCCCAAGAAUUACAACCCUGUUGCUUAUGUUAUUGUCCCUCAGGACAAUCCUAAUAACAACAACGACGACAACAAUAAUAACAACUACAACCAAUACUGCAGUGGUGAUCACAAUACUUAUGACAACGAAGACAACAAUAAUCAGUACUAUAGUGGUGGCAGUACUUACAACCACAAUCAAUACCACAAUGGUGGUAGCAAUUACAACUACAACAAUAAUUACCCUGGCAACAGUGUUGGCAACAGUUACUACAACGAUCAAGAACAAAGCUAUCCCCUUGACUAUAACCACUACGAUGGUGACAAUGGUCACAGGGUGCAGCAGCAGAGAAUGAGUGACACAAGAUUUUUGGAAAAUGGGAAAUACUCCUAUGAAGUCAAUACAGAGAAGUAUGUGAGGGAUCCAUAUGAAAAUUCAAGGGAAUUUGCAAAUUCCUAUGCUGACAAUGAGUUAAGCAACUACAACAACGUUAAUUUUGUGAAGUAUGAGAAUGAAGAGGAGUUCCAACCAGAAGGGGACAUGCCUUGA